GCGCGCUGACGUCUACCGUUUCCUCUUCCCUGUACCCGAUUGAGCUGCAGUCCAAUUAUACCAUACUUUUUCUACGGGCUGUUUUUGAUCCAAAAAGGAAUUUCGAGUGUCUUUUAUGAGUAAUCAAAGGCAACAGAAGCCUACGCUAACAGGCCAGCGUUUCAAACCUCGAAAAAGAGAUGAAAAAGAGAGGUUUGACCCAUCCCAGUUUCAGGAAAGCAUUGUGCAAGGUCUAGAUCAAAGCGGCUCUGAUCUGGAAGCUGUCGCAAAGUUCCUCGAUGCCUCUGGUGCCAAGCUCGACUACAGACGAUAUGCCGAGACUCUGUUCGACAUCCUGGUGGCUGGAGGAAUGCUGGCCCCAGGUGGUACUCUGUCUGAAGACAUGACCGGCACAGAUUUUUGUGUCUUCAAAGCACAAGAGGACAUGGAGACCAUGCAAGCAUAUGCACAGGUCUUCAACAAGCUCAUCAGACGUUACAAAUACUUGGAAAAGGGAUUUGAGGAGGAAAUCAAAAAGCUGCUGCUGUUUCUCAAGGGCUUCACGGAGGCUGAACGCAACAAACUGGCCAUGCUCACGGGUAUUCUGCUGGCCAACGGCAAUCUCUCUGCAUCCAUUCUCAGCAGUCUCUUUAAUGAAAACGUGGUCAAAGAAGGUGUUUCAGCCUGCUUUGCCGUGAAACUCUUUAAAUCCUGGCUUUCCGAGAAGGACAUAAACUCAGUUGCUGGCAGUCUUCGGAAAGUUGGCAUGGACAACAGACUUCUGGAAUUGUUUCCUGCAAACAAACGCAGUAGUGAGCAUUUCACCAAGUACUUUGACGAUGCAGGACUAAAGGAGCUUUCAGACUUUGCCAAAAACCAGCAGUCUAUAGGUGCGCGUAAGGAGCUACAGAAAGAAAUUGAAGAUCAGAUGUCACGAGGAGACUCCCUCAAGGACAUUAUCGCGUACACCCGAGAGGAAAUGAAAAAGAGCAACAUCUCAGAGCAGACAAUGGUUGGACUGAUUUGGUCCAGCGUGAUGAGCUCCGUGGAGUGGAACAAGAAGGAGGAGCUGGUCGCAGAACAAGCCAUUAAACACUUAAAGCAAUACAGCCCACUGUUGAAGGCUUUUACCUCCCAGGGAUAUUCUGAACUCACACUUCUGCUAAAGAUCCAGGAAUACUGCUAUGACAACAUCCACUUUAUGAAGGCUUUCCAGAAAAUUGUUGUUCUGCUCUACAAAGCGGAUGUCUUAAGUGAGGAAGCAAUUCUGAAGUGGUACAACGACGCCCAUUUGCCCAAAGGAAAAAGUGUUUUUGUGGAUCAGAUGAAAACGUUUGUUGAAUGGCUUAAAAACGCAGAGGAAGAGUCCGAAUCAGAGGAAGAAGAAACAGACUGAGGACAAAUUCAAUGCAUUACUUCAAUUUAACUAUACACGAGAUGCUGUCAACGGAUUCUUCUUCCUUUUUUUUUUUUUUUUUUACAGAAGUCCCCCUACGUUUUUUUAAUUCUCUACCUCUGCAUAUCAACUGUCAUAGAAGGGCUUUAAUAUUCUUCGGACUUGCUUCCUCUAUAAAUCAAUACUUGUACUUCUCUUUAUAUUUCUUAUAGACACAGUCUCAGUGCCAGACGGAGCUGAAUGGGUAUAAACUAUUCUUUUCAAACAAGUUUUUCUUUUCUUUUUUUUGUGAAAGGCAAUUUCCUUCUAAAUUAUCCGGUUUAAGAGAUUUCAAAGUUUCUGUCUUUAGUCAGUUUGCCAGAGGUCCUUAUGUGUAGCUGUGACAUGCUGGUCAAGCAAAAGACAAACUGUUUUCUGACCUCAUUUUAGAUCUCUGCCAAUGAUGUGACAACAUUGAAUUUACUGCCGGUUUUUAGAUUCAGCCUUCAUUAUUGGUAAUGGAGCUAUGCCAUUUUACACAAUCAUGUUAAUGGUGGUAAAUAUUGCCCCUCAGAAUUGUUUUAGUUUUUCCGGAAAAUCUUAUGUCAUUUUUGUAGGGUUUUACUCUUAAAUCACAAAUUUUAAAAUAAAGAGAAAGAAGCUAUCGUCCUGAAUGUAGUGUUUGUUUCUGCAUGUUAAAAGGCAAAAGCAGACACCUUUAACUGUUGAAAUUUUAUUAGGAUACAGCCAUGUUUUCAAUUUAUUUACCCUAAAAUUCACAACAAUAAUAGUUCAAAGUCUUCAUACCGGUUUGGAAAUAAAAAAAGAGCCUUUUAAGAAUUUUGAUGCCUCGAAAACGGUUUCUUCCAUAUUUAACUUGUAUUGAAUUAAUUUUUUUUCCAAUCACCUCUGA